AUGGCCCGGGGACGACAGCCUCCUGGCGAGCAGUCCGACUUUGAAAAGCAACGACUGGCCAAUAUCGCCGAGCGAGACGCCCUCCUCAAAAAGUUAACCCAAGAAGCACAACAAGCAGGCCUCUACUCCAGUGCGACGUCCGCGGGCACGCAACAUGGCCAAAAGCGAGCCUCCAAGCCCAAGGCGCCCCCUGCAAAGCGUGUUAAGAAAGAGGCUGUUGAUGUUACCCCUCGUCGCACAUCCUCACGUUUGGCGGGCAUACAAGCGGACAGCGAUGUUGCGAGACAAAAAGCAGAGGUCGAAUACGAACAGCAAAAGGAAGUCGAGAGGCAGAAGAGGCAACGUGUCACCGGCGACCUGAGCUUCGCCGCUGAUGGAACGAGUCUGAUCGGGACGGAUGUGAUACUCAAGGGCGUCGCCAAACCGUACGAGCGCACCUUCGACGAGCAGGACAUACGCGAGACGUCAGACAAAGAACUCAAGGCGCUCAGGGAAAGAAUGAGCUCGCUGGGUCUGUGGGAUAAGUGGGAGCCGAACCGCAUAAAGAUCACGCCGGAGAGGAUAUACACCAUGGCGUUCCACCCGACGACCUCGAAGCCCAUUGUCUUUGCCGGGGACAAGAUGGGGUCAUUGGGCAUCGUGGAUGCUUCGCAGAACCCAGACACGAACGUGAAAGAGGAAGAAGCAGGUGACGAGGAUGAAGAAGAGACAGACCAAGCCGAUCCUCAAAUCACGCAUAUAAAACCCCAUACACGCACCAUAACCGCGAUGCACAGCCACCCGUCGAAACCGCAGACACUAUACACGUCCUCGUACGACUCUUCGAUCCGAGCGACCGACCUCUCCAAAUCCGUUGCCGUGGAGGUGUACGGCCCCUCGGAUCGAGAAGAGGACGAGCCCAUCUCCGGGGUAGAUAUGUCUUCCACCGACCCGCAUACGUUAUAUUUCACAACCCUGAACGGGGCGUUCGGACGGCACGAUACGCGCCAACCGCCUUCGGCGUGCGAGUUUUUUCAGCUCUCGGAGAAAAAGAUUGGCGGGUUCAGCUUACACCCGCUGCUGCCUCACUACGUGGCCACAGCGUCGCUCGACCGAUACAUGCGGCUGUGGGAUCUGCGCAAGGUGACCAAGAAAUUGCCCACGCUGGUGGGCGAGCAUGAAUCGAGACUGAGCGUGAGUCAUGCGGCAUUCAACACCGCUGGUCAAGUGGCGACGACGAGCUACGAUGACACAAUCAAAAUCCACUCAUUUGGAGUUGGUAAGCAAGGCAAGAAAGGGACGCAGACGGUGGAGAGCAUGAGUUCCUGGCCGGCAGGCUUUCAGCUGGAGCCAACGGCCAUGAAGCCGGAGGUUGUGGUGAGACAUAACAACCAGACAGGCCGGUGGACCACCAUCCUCAAACCGCGCUGGCAAACUUAUCCCGAAGACAACAUCCAGAAGUUCGUCGUGGGGAACAUGAAUCGGUUUGUCGAUGUCUAUGCCGCCAACGGCGACCAGCUCGCGCAGCUCAGUGGCGAAGGCAUCACCGCGGUUCCUGCCGUCGCCGUCUUCCACCCUUCGAAAGACUGGAUUGCCGGAGGCACCGCGAGCGGGAAACUGUGUUUAUGGAUGUAA